GCAACCCAGCUUUGGCCUUUUGGCGGCGGCACAAGGCAGCUGGCAGCAGUAGGGCUCUCUACUGUCUACAUCGCCCCGAGCCCAGUUCUCGGCCCUUGUCUCUUCCAUGUACAUUUUCAGUGCUGAGAAGGUGUCAGGUGUUGCUGUGCUGUGAAACAAGGCUGAGGGCGCUACACUUUGCAUCGGAAGUCUGCCAGAAGCAACUCCGAAAUCACCCCAGCCAGUGCUGAGACCUCAGAGUAAACCUAGUCAGUGGAAAUUGAACGUUUAUGAGGCUGAAGUGACGUGUGCCUGUGUUGACCCAGGGGUCUGACUCAGAAGUCACCUAGAAGUCCGCGCCACCUCCGUGCACUUGUCUUGCCAGCCCGUUUAGCCCUCUGUGUGUUACCCCCGCGAUGCCCCUUGUCCGCACGCAGGUAUUGGCGGUUACCAGGGAAGGCGUCGUGCAUCUGGAUAUCUCAGAUCGCAGAGCACAUUGCCAAUCGGUUGCCAGAGAAUGAGAUCCCCAUGACGCUGCCUGACGGAGCCACAACAACCCUGUCCUGCGAGCCCCGGCACAGGACCAUCAACCCGUCCAAGUCGUGCCCUCAGAACGCCUACAGCAAAAGCUGGUGUGAGCCCGACAGCCUGGAGAACAAUUCAUGGGGGCCGCAAGCGUUUGAGCUGGCCGUGCAGUGCAACGUCGUGGCGCGCUGCAGGUGGCUGGUGUCGCACUCUUGCGGCUACGAGCCAGUCAAAGCAUUGACGGUCGCAGCGGACCACAGACACACGGCAGCCGCCGAGUACCUGGUCAUGCACCUGCACGUGCACCUGCGACAGGGGGCCAAGGCGGCGGCGUGGAACAGCCACUCACCGCUAGCGUUGUGGCUGGUGGGGCGCUGCGAGCCACGACCCAGCGAUACGGUGGGAUUGCUGGUGGCAGCAGCCCGGGGCUGCAUGCUGCAGGCGCUGGCGUGGUUGCUGGUGCGCGUGGAGGUCGGGAAGCUGGACCCCAAUGUCAAGCAAUUGCCAAGGCCAGCGGGACGCCGGAUGAGGGUGCGAAGGCGGAGUGGCUGCAAGCCGAGCUUGCAACGGUGGCCUAAAGGUAUUUCUGGAGGUGGUAGCCAAGGCGGCUGAUGAGGCGGGGGGCAACAUACAGCCAGAAGUCAUGUGUCUGAGAAGUGAGGGCUGAGUCAUGCAGCGUGCACGUUAGUACGUAUGACCGGAACACACGUAGGAUGGAGCGACGUGAGUGAAUACCGUAGCUUUAUUGCUGACACGCUUUGAUGUCUCCUCGCAGGGUGCUCCUCACGUCCGGUUUGUUUUACACUUCAGGCCAUUUCACUUUAAAUUGCCGGCAGGUAUCAGGCAUACUGAACUUCAGAUUACGCAGGUUGAUUGACAUCCGCAGUGAGUGAAGCGAGCGGUGCGUGCAGGGGUGCGUGGCUGAGACCAUGUUGAUUUCUAUUUGGUCGGGCUGCGGCAGAGUAAGGGAACGACAGGCGAUAGGACCGAAUGCAGGGUUCUUUGUGUUCUGAUCCCCGCGUGUCCGCACUUGCUGGCGUAUGUUUGAUUUUCGGCACUGCGAGAGUGGUUGGCGGGCGUUUCAGAACUCGGCCACGUCGUUCGAACCGUGGCUGCAGCGGCAGGGGCUGGAGCCAGGGCAGGACCCUUGCCGGAUUUCAAACCCGGCGCAAUGCAUGGGACGGCUGGGAGUUUGCCGGCUCCCUGCGCACGGACGGUGACGCUGCAUGUGUGGCACUGCGCAAGAAGGCCACUGCGGCUGGCGGCAGCGGGACGGACAGCAGCCAGUCGCGCGGGCGCGGGGGCAGCCGAGCGCGCGGGCGUGGCGGCAGGCGGGCACACUCUGAGCUACGACGGGGCCCACGCUGGUCACCGUCUUCAUUGCCGCUUCCUCCGCUGCUGUCCGUCCCGCGCUCGGCGGCAGCGGCAACGAAGACGGUGACCAGCGUGGGCCCCGUGGCGGGCCGGGCCGGGCACCCGGGGACAACCCAGUGCCGGGCGUGGUCGCGGCUGGCGAUCCGCUGGCUGUCUUUGACCACGUCGCCACGCACUGGCACGGCGAGGUGUGCCGGCAGCGUUGGCGCCGGGAGAGUCGGGCAAAUCCUCUCCUCCCUAGGUCGUCCAUAGGCGCGGAGUCUCCCAGACCGGCGUCAUACCCGUGUGCCCUGCGCCGUCGUGGCGGUGAUAGUCGUGGCGGCGGCGGUCGAGGGCCUGGCGGCGGUGACGGCGGCGGUGCAGGGUCUGGCAGCUGCUGCGGCGGCGCAGGACCGGACGGCAGCGGCGGCGGCGGCGCAGGGCCUGGGCCCAACAGUGACGGCGUGCAUGUGCGUGGCAGAGGGGGCAGGCGGGCAGGCAUGGAGGAGGAGAGCGCGGCGCUGCCCAAGACGCGGCGGCGGCGCGCAAGUUGAGGCCGGCCAGUGUCUGGUUAGGGUCUUUGCUGGCGAGCAUAGCACAGCACAGUAUGUGGUCGGCCGCAGCAGUGAGGAGUGUUGUGGCUAGAGGAUUUCCUGCUGUGUGGUUGAUUGCGGGAUAUGCUAGUGCUUGACAGCGGGACUUGCUGGACGCAUGGCUGGCCGUGCCUGUACGAACCGACCUCGGCUGAUGUCCGGGAGAUCAGGUAGACGCUUGCGGCCUCAGACUAGAGACAUGGCGGGGGCGGGGGCGCAGCCCACUUUUCCCUUGCGAGUCCCUUUGAAUGGGACCGCCAUCUUUCUUGUCUUUUGGAUGGCGGCGGCGCAUGCUUGGUGGCGGUCUGGCGGAUGCACGUGUGUUCGCGUGCGCGGUGUGGGUGGACAAGGCCGCAAGGAGGAGGAGAGUGUGGAGCUGCCCAGAAGUGGGUGCCGGCGCUCUGGCUGAUAAGCCGGCCAGUGGUUAGUAAGACGUCCGCGGGAGAGCAUGUUGUAGGCAGCAACAUGAGUGGUAGGUGCGGCUGGUUAUGCCGGCCGUGCUGUGAUGUGUCUGUUGGAAAUUUGGACCGACGGCGACGCCUAGUUGGCUGGGCGGCCUGUGCCUGCAUAAUGCAACCCGGCUAUGUCCGGAAGACGAGGUAGUUGCGUGUCAAGAUACGCUGGGGGCGGGCAGGUAGGUGCGGCUGGGCCGUGGGAGAUAGCAAGGGUGGGCGGCAGAGUCCACGCAUGUGGCCAUGUGGUCGGGUAUAGUACUGUGACAUCCGCAGUGAUGAUGUUGUGUUACAGGGUUGGAAGUGUGCGUCCCUGAACCUGUGACGAGACUAACCGAGCCGCAAGGGCUCCUCGUCUCUCCUGUUUGGGUCAUUGUGAGCUUCGUACACAUGCAAGGCAGAAUCUCUCAACCUC